AUGUCAUCAUCCUCUUCAUUUCUUGAAUAUGCACACAUCACAUUAUCGAAACAAUGUUGGUAUAUGGAUCAUCUCUUACCUGAACAUUUGAUUCGUAUAACAUGGUGCUUAAUUUUAAUGUGUAUCUAUGCUCUUAUUGAACUUGAUUAUUUGCCAGGUAAACAAUGGAAAAUUCGUAGAGAUCUACAUACAUCAUCCAAAGAAAUUGCGUACUAUAUUAAAUCAUCGUUUCUCAAUAUGCUCAAAUGGCAUAUUAGCCCAUUGAUAUUGUACGACAUUUUAUUGCAUCGACCAAAUUUGCAUAUAUAUGAAGCGCCAACUUGGUGGACUUUGUUAUGGAAAUCUGUAGGUUACACCAUCAUCUUUGAUAUAUUAACGCAUUUAUUUCAUCAUCUCACGCAUAUUCAUCCACGUAUUGUUUCAUUCUUUCAUCGAGCGCAUGCGAAACAUCAUGCUAGUUGUGGACGAUAUGUUUAUCCUUGGAAUGGCUUUUACUCGAGUUCAUUUGAAUCUUUUGCUGGACUUAUCUUCUUCUUAGGAGCCAUGAUUCCGUUACAAAUGGACCCUGUAACACGUUUGGUGUCGAUUCUAUAUAUUCAUUUCGUGGCAACAAACAUUCAUUCAGGCUAUGAUUUUCCGUGGAUGUUUCAUAAUUGGAGUCGCAUAGGCCGUUUUGUAUGGCACGGUUCAGUCGGUCAUUAUUACCAUCAUCAAUUUGGCCGAAAAAAUAUGUCUACUUUCUGGACAUUUCUUGAUCGAUUGUCUGGUACUUAUUAUGAUUGUGUAUCUCAUCUUCCCACUCAUCCCAAUGAAUUUAUAUAUCAGCGACAGAAAAUGAUGCGUAAACUUAAAUGA